UCAAUCCACCCCAUCCAGGCAUUAAAAUAUUUUGGCUGUGCAGGAACUGCCAAGCCGUCGCCUCUCAAGUUUCACUUGACAAUUUUUGCUAGUUUAUGAAUUUUUGUGUUUCUGCAAACAAACUUUUAAAAUGAGCUCAGGCUUUGUAACUGAAAGUGAAGUUGAGGAGCAAAAGAAGAAGAGACAAGAGGAAUGGGAACGUGUUCGAAAACCUGAUGAUCCUAAAGAGGCUCCAGAGGAAGCCUACGACCCUAGGUGUCUCUUUGAACGAUUGCAAGAGCAAAAAAUGAAGAAGGACAUGGAAUUUGAGGAGGCACACAAAUUGAAAAAUAUGAUCAAGGGUUUGGAUGACGAUGAAAUCAACUUUCUUGAUCAAGUCGACAAAGGCAAAAUUGAGGCCGAGAAAAGGAAAAAUUUGGAGGAGGAGCAAGCCAUUGCCGAGUACAGAAACGCAGUGUCCAGCCUGCAAGAUGACAGCCUGCAGGCGAGAAUCAAUUUGGAAGUUAUCAAAAAACCUGUAACAGGCAGCAGUAGCACCACUUCAGCCAAACUUUCUCAGCACAAGCUAUUAGCUGGAGCCGUCAAAAGAAAGUCGAGUGAUAUGUCCAACUCGGCCGAAACUCAGACUGGAGCAAAGCGAAAGCAUUCCGAGACUGAAGAAACGUUGCCUACACCUGUGAUGACUUGCAUUGGAAUCCUUCCUGGGAUUGGAAAUUACCACGAUUCCAGUGACAGCGAGCACAGCUCUAAUACAGAUGAAGAGUUAAGUAGCGGCCACGGCUCUUAAGAGUCGGCGAUGGUCACCUCAACCUCCACACCAGGUUCAAUGCUGAUUGAGGUCUACAAGAAGAGUUAAAGAAAAUUAACCUGUUAGAAAAUGGAAUGCAUGAAUCAUUUAA